CGCGCUCCCCCCGCCGGCCCUGGAGUGCGAGCGCGACUGCGCCUCAGCUAAUGGCGAGAAAGCUGGCGCGCGGCAGCGCCAACGGUCGCAGAGCAGCGCGCGAGCUGCAGCAGGAACGACAGCGCUGAGGUGGAAGGAAAGGGACUCCGGCCGCUUUCAAAAACCUCUCCUCAGCCACGCUCCCUCCCGCCCUCCUCUUGGGAGGACCGUCAUGACGCAACGUCUUGCGCCCCGCGGCGGGGCGGCGUUCGUCGGUAGAGGCCGGCGUUUCCGCUGCGUGAGGGCUACGUCUACUUCCGCGGGCGAUGCCGCUGGCGCCCGCCGGCCCGGCGCAGCUGGUGCGCUGCGGGCAGAAGGACGAGCUGUACCGGAGCGGGUUGCGGAGCGGGGCCGGCGCCGCGCUGCACGGGCUCGCGGGUGCUAAGAGGUGGCUGGAAUGGAAAAAAGAGAUUGAACUGCUUUCUGAUAUAGCCUACUUCAGCCUCACCACUUUGUCAGGUUAUCAGACUCUGGGUGAAGAGUACGUUAACGUUGUUCAAGUUGACUCAACCAAGAAAAGGGUGCCUUCUUUUCUUCGACGGGCCAUCUUGAUUUCUCUUCAUACUGUAGUACCCUAUUGCUUAGAAAAGGGAUUACUGCAUCUGGAACAUGAGUUGCAGAUAGAAGCUGAUGGGUCUAGAACCCAGCAGAGCAACCCAGCACGCAGCUUAUUGGAUAGGACUUCAGUACGAAACUGGAUACAGAAACAAGUUGGGAAACUGCCAGAACAGCAGAAGAAAACAGUCUUACAAAUUGUGUAUGUUCUUAAACAAUGCAUUCCUUUGUUUCGUCGACUGCAUCUGGCAAUAUUCUAUAUAAAUGGCACUUUUUAUCACCUGUCUAAAAGGAUCACAGGAAUCACAUAUCUGUAUUUUGGAGGAUUGCAAAGAGAAGAUCAGAGCAUUCGAUCAAGUUACAAGUUUCUUGGAAUAACUUCACUCUUUCAUCUUCUUCUAACAAUUGGUGUUCAGAUAUACAGCUUCAAACAGAAGCAGAGAGCAAGGCAGGAAUGGAAACUGCACCGCAGUCUAGCUCAUCAGAAAAAUGUGACCGAGGAAAAGACUACUGGCCGCCGCUCCCGCUGCACUUUGUGUUUGGAAGAACGGAGACGUGCAACAGCCACACCGUGUGGCCACCUGUUCUGCUGGGAAUGCAUCACAGAGUGGUGUAAUACCAAAGCAGAAUGUCCACUGUGCAGAGAGAAGUUUCAUCCUCAGAAACUCAUCUACCUACGUCACUAUCAACAGUAAAGCAAAAUCUUUUCUGUUUCAUGACAAGGGCCUCAGCUCUCUUCCCUUUACAAAGUGGCCAUACAGCUUGAGUUAGUCCAAGAACAAGGUUUUAUUAUAAAACUGAUAACUGCCUGUACAACGUGGCACUGAUUCCUGUUUUACAAAAUAAACGUAUUUCUGGCUUCA